AUGCGUGUAAAAGAAUUUUCUGAAGAAUUAUGGCAAAUUUUAAAUAUAAAUAGAAUAGAAAAAGAAUUACCACAGAUAUAUGAAAAUAAAGGAAAAUAUGCGAAAAUUGAAUUUAAUGGUAGUGGUCAUGAAACAAAAGAUCUUAAAACAUUUUUAAUAGAAUUAAAAGAUAAUAUUAGUCAACAAAAUCAAUAUUUUUAUCAAACAGAUUUACCAUUUACUAUUAAAGAAGAAGAAGGAAAUAAUAUUCGAAUUUAUCAAAAAGAAAAAAAUAUUUUAAAGUCUGGUGGACUUGCCAAAUAUAAAUAUGGAGAUGUUAAAAGAAAUAUUGAAAGAAUUUUAAAUAAAAUUUUAAAAAAUAUUCAAUUUGAAAAUGAUAAAGAAUUAAUUUUGUCGAAAAUUUUGUCUUUACAAGGAGAUAUUCGUUCAUUUAGAAAAGGUUUAAAAACUAAUUUAAAAGAUUUUAUAGAUCUUCAAGAUCAAGAAAAUGUUCCAAGUGAAUUAAGAUUUUUUUGA